UCUCCGCCGGGGCCGCACGGAGGGCGGAGUUGCGGCCCGAGGACGCGACGCGAGCCCAGUUCCGGCGAGGAGGCCGCGCCAGUGACAGCGAUGGCGGCGGAGUCGGCGCUCCAAGUUGUGGAGAAGCUGCAGGCGCGCCUGGCCGCGAACCCGGACCCCAAGAAGCUAUUGAAAUAUUUGAAGAAACUUUCCAUCUUGCCUAUCACAGUAGACAUUCUUGUGGAGACUGGGGUAGGGAAAACAGUAAACAGCUUUCGGAAACAUGAGCAAGUGGGAAACUUUGCCAGAGACCUGGUGGCCCAGUGGAAGAAGCUGGUUCCAGUAGAGAGAAAUAAUGAGGCCGAGGAUCAGGAUUUCGAGAAGAACAGUUCCCGCAAGCGUCCCCGAGAUGCUCUUCAGAGGGAGGAGGAAAUGGAGGGGGACUACCAGGAAAGCUGGAAAGCCUCUGGCAGCCGCUCCUACAGCCCUGAGCACAGACAGAAAAAACACAAAAAACUCUCCGAGCCUGAAAGGCCUCACAAAGUGUCUCACAGUCACGAGAGGAGGGAUGAAAGGAAGCGGUGUCACCGAGUGUCACCACCAUAUUCUUCAGAUCCUGAGUCUUCUGACUAUGGCCAUGUUCAAUCCCCUCCACCUUCCAGUCCUCAUCAACUGUACACAGACCACUACAGGUCCCCCGAGGAGGACCAUGAGCCCAUCGUUUCACACCAGAAGCUGGCUAAAGUUCACAGUAAUACCUUUCAGGACAGACUAGGGGUUGGUCAAGAACGACACCUGGGUGAGCACCAAGGGAAAGGGACUGUCAGCCAAAACAAGCAGCACAAGUCUCCCCACAAGGAGAAACGCCCUGUGGGUGCAAGAGGGGAUGAGCAGACCUCUGCCCUGGGCAGAGAGAAGUCACACAAGACCUCUUCCAAAGAGGAAAGCCGAAGGCUACUCUCAGGGAACAGUGCCAAGGAGAAGCCGCCCUCUAGUGUUGUCAAGAAAGAGAAAGACAGAGAGGGCAACAGUGUCAAGAAGUUUCCCCCUGCCUUGGAGGUUGCUUCAGACAACCACGUUAGAAAGCCCAAACACAAGGACUCUGAGAAAGCCAAACCUGACAAAAACAAGCAGAGUGUAGAUGGCUUAGACUCGGGGCGAGGGACAGGAGACCUGUUGCCCAAAGCAAAAGACAAAGUUCCCAACCACCUGAAGGCUCAGGAAGGGAGAGUAAGAACUAACUCAGAUCGAAAGUCACCAGGCUCUCUCCCUAAAGUAGAGGAGACGGACAUGGAUGACGAGUUUGAGCAGCCCACCAUGUCCUUUGAGUCAUACCUCAGCUAUGACCAGCCUCGGAAGAAAAAGAAGAAGGUUGUGAAAACUACAGGCACUGCACUUGGAGAAAAAGGACUUAAAAAAAAGGAUUCUAAAAGCACUAGUAAAAACUUGAACUCAGUUCAGAAAUUACCCAAGGUGAAUGAAAACAAAUCAGAGAAGUUGCAGCCCGCUGGAGCCGAACCCACCAAGCCUCGAAAGGUCCUUCCUGAUGUGCUGCCAGCAUUGCCAGACAUCCCCUUACCUGCCAUACACGGCAACUACCGUCCACUUCCUUCCCUCGAUUUGAUUUCCUCCUUCCAGCCAAAGAGAAAAGCAUUCUCUUCAUCCCAGGAAGAAGAAGAAGCGGGAUUCACAGGACGCAGAAUGAAUUCUAAGAUGCAGGUGUAUUCAGGUUCCAAGUGUGCCUAUCUCCCCAAAAUGAUGACCUUGCAGCAGCAGUGUCUUCGGGUGCUUAAGAACAAUAUUGACUCCAUCUUUGAAGUGGGAGGAGUCCCCUAUUCUGUUCUUGAGCCUGUCUUGGAGAGGUGCACCCCUGAUCAGCUCUACCGAAUAGAGGAGUGCAAUCACGUAUUAAUUGAGGACACAGAUCAGCUGUGGAAAGUUCACUGUCACCGGGACUUUAAGGAAGAAAGACCAGAAGAGUAUGAGUCCUGGAGGGAGAUGUACCUGAGGCUUCAGGAUGCCAGAGAGCAGCGGCUUCGCCUGCUAACAAACAACAUCCGGUCUGCACACGCCAACAAGCCAAAAGGGCGACAAGCAAAGAUGGCGUUUGUCAACUCUGUGGCCAAACCACCUCGUGAUGUCCGGCGGAGGCAGGAGAAGUUUGGAACAGGAGGAGCAGCUGUCCCCGAGAGAGUCAGGAUUAAGCCAGCACCAUAUACAACAGGAAGCAGCCAUGUUCCUGCCAGCAACAACAGCAGCAGCUUCCAUUCCAGCCCCGAGGAGCCAGCCUACGAUGGGCCCAGUACCAGCAGUGCCCACUCCGCUCCAGUGGCCAGCAGUUCCGUUUCCUAUGACCCCAGGAAACCAGCUGUGAAAAAAAUUGCCCCGAUGAUGGCCAAGACAAUUAAAGCAUUCAAGAACAGAUUCUCCCGACGAUAAGCAGGGCUUGCCUUGGAGGUGGAGUCUGGGGAACAGGAAUACAGGCACAGUAGAAACAGGAGAAGAGGAUGUCUACAGAAGAACCAUAUUUUUUGCUUAUGGAACUUUUGGCCUCUGUUUCCUGCACAAUUGCAGGUGUCUCCCUGUCUGUGCACCUGGACCCUGCACCCCUGCCUGGAGCACACUUCAGAUUUCUGAAGACAGUAUGCACCUCAGUCUUACUGAGGACUUUAAGAUCAGUCAUACUUUUGUUGCUAAUUAGCAUCUUUGUAAACUAUAAGAGAUAGUUUUAAUUAAUCAAUAUUGUCCCCAGAUGUAUUUAUAAUACCCCCAGGGUUUUGGUUUUGUUUUUCCUUUUUUUUUUUUUCUUUCUCUUUUUCUUUUUGUCCUCUACUGUAUACUUAGCCUUUUAUUUCCAGGUCCUUUAUUACCGUCAGAUGAGCCUAGCAAAAGCCAUUCUUCUCUAGGUCCGCUCUUCUGCAUAGACACUGGUCUCCCAGAGCCCAUGUGUCACUCGAACCCACAUAUGGGGCCAGGAGUGAGUGAGUGCCAGAAUGCCUGUCCUCCAGGAGAGCCUUGGCAUGGCCACGGUUUUGAGGGCCUCCCUCUGAGCCCCUCAGAGUUCCUGGGCAGGCACCUUUCUUCCUAAUCUGUCAGUAGUAUUUGUUACGGAAAGCUGUUUGCAAAGUCUAGAGUCCUUCCUGUAUCUUCACGUCACACUCCUCGUCCCUGUUUUAAGGCUCACUAGAAGGCAGAACCUUAAGAGAUCAAUCUGUGAAGGACCUCAGCAGUUUUAUAGUUUCUAGUUUCUGGUUCAGUAUUUUACACACACACCCUGCCCCUUACUUUUCCUUUCCCCACACCACGGGGAAACACAGGCAUGGCAGAGCUUUUGUAGCUCUGAAUGUGAUUUUGGGGGUUUGAAAAGCCAGCACUUUAAUCUCUUGUUCCCUAUGAAUUACUACUAGGAGUGAAUGAUUUAAAAACAUUGUGGUGUCCUGUUGGAAAUUGCUUUUGUUUGAAGGGAGAGAUCAUGUGACUGGAAGAGCACACUAGCUUGCUGGGUCUGGCAGAGAACUUGCUGCUGAAGCCCUCCACUCUGAGUGUGGGGCAGAGUUAGGAGGAAAGGGCCACCAUUGGGG